AAUUUAUUAUAAUACUGCUGUAUAAUAAACGCAUAUAGUUCUUGCGAUUGGUUCCAAACUUAUCUUUUGAAUUUGUUUCUUAUAAUGAAGUUACUAAAUUAUUAGAUUAAAACUGUUUAUAAAAAGUAGAUGCGAUUGUGCUCUCUUCGACGCAAGCGUUUUAUACACAGAAAACACGCAUUCCGAAUAUAUGUCUCGACCAACACAUGAUGACACAUGUCUGUUUAUCAUCAUGGAUGUGUUCAAACGUUGACGUAUUUAUAAUGCGAUUGUCAUUUUGCGAUUGAUCAAAUCGCAUUGAGAAUGUGAGAAUGCAAGCAGUAAUUGUAAAUGAAUAAUAUUGGAGAUUUAAUUGGAUCAGUUAUCUUGGAAAAACACGCAAGUUUUUUCAAAUGUAUAAACUUACUCAUAAAAUAAAUAAAUUUUAUUUAUAUUACAAAUAGUAAUAGAUGUAUCAAGGAACCAUGUUGUAAAGCAGGAAGAAAAGUAUGUGUAUAUGGUGUACGUAGUAAAAUGUCGUGUGUGCUGUAGAAAAUUGAACGAUAAUGCGUUAACGAUAAAUGUCGAUUUGAGUAGACUGACGUCGAAGCAACUUUGAAAAGUGGAAAGCAUUAAGAAAAUUAUCUUACAAACAUCGAGGGUCGGAUAUUAUCAAGUAUGUAUUCAAUAUGGGAAAAGUUAGGAUUAUCACUUGGACGUUGUGGCAUUAAGAUGCGAUACAAUAUAUUAUCACAUCGCAACGUUACCAAAGAAGUUGUCGUAGAAUCGAAAUACGAUUUGUAUCGGCUUGAUAAAGGACCGCUUGAGAAGUCGACAUUAAAUAUAAAAGAUGCUACAUAUGCACUGAAGACAAUGAACUAUAUACGUCGGAUGGAGAACAGAGCUGCAGAGCUGUACAGACAGCGGCUUAUUAAUGGCUUCUUACAUUUAUACGUUGGUCAGGAAGCUAUAGCUGUAGGUCUGAAAAUGGCUCUAGCUGAACGAGAUACUGUUAUUACGGCAUACAGAUGCCACGGUUUCGCUGUUGUGUUUGGUAUCUCGAGUCGCUCGGUUUUUGCGGAACUCAUGGGUCGUAAGACAGGUGCGGCCAAGGGUAAGGGCGGCUCGAUGCAUAUGUAUGCACCGCGGUUUUACGGUGGCGACGGUAUCGUCGGCGGACAGGUACCUAUCGGCACCGGUAUAGCUUUGGCCCACAAGUACAAUGGUACAGGUGCCGUAUCAUUUACGUUGUAUGGCGACGGUGCAGCUUCGCAGGGUCAAAUUUAUGAGGCUUGGAACAUGGCGAAGCUCUGGAAUCUACCGGCGGUCUACAUCUGCGAAAAUAAUAGAUAUGGUAUGGGUACGGCCGUGCAUCGACAUUCCGCCAACACUCGGCUUUAUACGCGCGGAGACCUCAUACCAGGAAUAAAAGUUGAUGGGAUGAAGAUCAUGGAUGUACGAGAAGCCAUACGCUUUAGCAGAGAUUAUGCACUCAGAAACGGCCCGAUUGUGCUAGAGAUGAUAACUUAUCGUUAUUUUGGACACAGUAUGAGCGAUCCUGGUUAUUCGUAUCGCAGUAGAGAAGAAAUUAAAGCUGUGCAAACCGAGCAAGACCCAAUCACGUCAUUUACCAAACUCCUCAUAGAGAAAGACCUUAUGACCGAAAAAGACAUUGAAAACAUACGAACAUCAGUUUACAAAGAAGUCGAUCAGGAAGUGGAGCAAGCCAAGGCCGAUCAGUGGCCAGAAAUGUCGGAAAUCUCGACCGACGUUUAUGUCAAACCAUUAGAAAAAAUUCGCGGUAAAGUCCCUUGGGAAUUAUUCUGAAAGAAAGGCGACAUAAAGAGUUAUUAAUAUUGUUCUGUGAUUUUUUAUACUCGUAAGAUUUAAAUUACUCAUGUUUGCUCACAUGACUAUAUAUGUACUUAUUUUGCUAAAAAUAUAUCACGCGUACAAAGGCGAAACGCGUGUACCUUUUAAC